AUCGAUUGGAAAGUCCAUUUCAUUGUCAUAACUUAUCCAAUAUUCUAGGUAUUUCAUUCAGAUAUGUUUCUUGAAUGUUCAAAAAUAGUGUUGAAAUAUGUUUUACCAGUGGAUUACUAUCUAUCUCUUAAAUGUUUGCGUCAGUCUACCAGUGGUUUAAUAAGAUCUCUGGAAAUUGUAUUGAAGUGGAUAUUCCUGCUAGUUCUGUUUUUCGAUAUAAAAAUAUUCAUCACUGUGUGUUCCAAGAAUUACCAUCAUGAGAUGGUCGAUUUUUUCAGUUGUUUCGUCAUCAAUAUAUUUCAAAUAGUCUGUACCAUAAUUACUUUUUAUUCAGAUGAAGAAAUGGAGAAUAUUAUGUCCUUAGAGAAAACAACUUUAACGAAAACUCUAAAAGAAAAAUUGGUUAAAACAAAGACACUCAUUACAGUCCUUUACAUAAUCGACUGUACCCUUGUAACCCUUUAUAUCUCAGUCUGGAUGAGUUCAAACCUACGAAAAGGUGGAGACUUAAUGACAGCAGUCAUUUCUUCAUGUUUCUGGGAAUAUACUGAAAUACUGAAAACUACCAAAGUAUUAAAAUUUUGUGCGUCCCUGUCGAUAAUAGGUGUUAUAAUAGACAAUACAUCAGAAAACUUCAAGAAGAAAAGGUGCAAAAACAUUGAAGAUUUCAAACUGUUUGUAGAUCAGUACAAUGAAUACUCGAUGAUCACAAAUGAAGUUUGUUUAAAUAAUGAAAAAAUUGUUUUAUGUGUUGCUAAUAGGGAUCUGUUUUUGUCUACGUUUUUGGUAUUCCGUAUUAUAAUAAGAAGACAUACAUUUAAUACUGGAAUGUGGGGUAUGAUGUCAUUCAAAAGGAUGACCGAACUAUUUCUUCACUGCUUCUAUAUCAAACGCAAGAUGAAUGGAAUGAAAAAUAUUAUCAUUUCUCAUUUCCCAACUCUACCGAAAGCAACACAAAAGGAGAUUAAUCCUUUUCUACUUGAAAUGCUUCACCAGAAAAGAAUAGUGAACAUAAAAGGAUUUUUCGAUAUUAAUGGGGAGCUUAUAAUGGCUAUUGUUGGUACUAUUUUUACCUAUACUCUGAUGUUGAAUCAGUUGGAGGGGAUAAUGCAUAAUAAGAUAAACUGAUUCGAAAUGUGAUUAUGAAAUGGAUGGAGUCAUCGUUAUAGAAUCACAAACAAUAAUCCAAUAGUCUGAAAAUCUCAAAUAGCUCCACCUGCACACCUUCUCUUCUUCUUUGAAAGCUUGGUUGCUUCCACUCCUGGAUAUAGACCUCCCCAUGAAUUUUCCAACUUACUGGAUCUUGUGCCGAGUGGUGCCAACAUCGUCCAACCUCUGCUCUGCUAUCAUACCUCUCUAUCGAAAAUUUCAAAUUUUAUAGAAGCGCAAGUUGCAUUAUAUGGUUGUAAUAACGGAUAUUCCUAAUGAACUUUUUAUGU